CCGUCCGCGACACUCGCCGCGUCCCGCCGGGAUGGAGAUGCUGCUCCCACGCGCGGCGGCCGCGACGAGCUUCGCCGACGACGUGCUGAGGGUGUUCGGGGCCAACCACAGCCUGUCGGCCGCGCAGCUCUCGGCGCUGCUGCAGCAGCUGGGCGCCGCGUCCGCCCUGGGCUCCGCGCUGCCGCUCCACCACCUGCACCACAACCAGUGCUUGACUAGUGAAGAAAUUUUUUCUUUGCAUGGGAUACCAAACAACAGUCACAUAUCAAAUUCCAGCUUCUCUACAAUAUGUCCCGCUGUUUUGCAACAGCUAAUUUUUCACCCGUGUGAUCAUGAGGAAAACUUUGAGGAUACGUCUAAACCAGAUUCUUUACAAGUUUGGGGAUUUGGGUUCCUGGCUGUGACUAUCAUUAACUUGGCAUCACUUCUGGGAUUGAUUUUAACUCCUCUCUUAAAGAAGUCAUAUUUCCCCAAGGUUUUAACUUACUUUGUGGGCUUGGCCAUCGGUACUCUCUUUUCUAAUGCAAUUUUCCAGCUCAUUCCAGAGGCAUUUGGGUUUGACCCGAAAGUAGAUAACUAUGUUGAGAAGGCAGUUGCUGUGUUUGGUGGAUUCUAUAUUCUCUUUUUUGUGGAAAGGAUUCUGAAAGUGAUAUUAAAGAUCUAUAACCAGACUGGCCAUAAUUACUUUGAAAAUGGUGAAGAGAAUCGUUCUCAGGAUAAGACUAACCCACCCAAACCACUGUCAUCCAGCAAUGGGGGGGCGUGUUAUGCAAAUUCAGCCGUCAUAGAGAGCAAUGGAAAUCUUGGUUUUGACAGCAUCAGUGUGGUCUCAGCACAGGAAGAAGCCACCCAAAGCAGCUUAUGCAAGUGUCUUAAUGGGCGUCCACUGUCAAAGAUUGGGACCAUUGCUUGGAUGGUCACACUGAGUGAUGCCGUACAUAAUUUCAUAGAUGGUUUGGCUAUUGGUGCUUCUUUCACCCUGUCUCUGCUUCAAGGGCUUAGUACCUCCAUAGCCAUCUUGUGUGAAGAGUUUCCUCAUGAAUUAGGGGAUUUUGUCAUCUUGCUUAAUGCAGGAAUGAGUACUCGGCAGGCUCUGUUUUUCAACUUUCUGUCUGCGUGUUCCUGUUACAUUGGGUUGGCUUUUGGUAUAUUAGUAGGCAACAACUUUGCUCCUAACAUCAUCUUUGCUGUAGCUGGUGGAAUGUUCCUGUACAUCUCUCUGGCAGAUAUGUUCCCAGAGAUGAAUGAUAUGCUGCGGGAGAAAGUGACAGGAAGAAAGAUGGAUCUUACAUUCUUCCUUAUUCAGAAUGCUGGUUUGCUAACAGGGUUUACUGCUAUACUGAUGAUCACCUUGUAUGCAGGAAAUAUCGAGCUGUGAUAAUGCACGUGAAAAUGGAAUCAUUAUUGAAGACAUGAAGUAAAUUGCAAAUGGAAUACACUUGAAAUCUGUAAAGGGACAUUCAUUAGAGACAAGUCCCAUCCUGCCCCUCUUGCCCCAAACAUAGGAAAUUCUUCUUUAGGACUUGCAGUCAAUCCAAAUAACAGGAGCUGUCAGCUUCUGUACAAUGCCAAAAAAAUGAUUCUAGUAUUUUUAUUUCUACUUAAAAUUAUCAGACAUAGCUGAACUGUCAUAGAGAAAGGAUGUUACUUGGCCAGUAGAAUUAUGCAAUACAUGCAAUUCAGGACCAACUGAAAGCUGAGGAGUACAAGGAAGAUAUGUAUUUAAAAGAAAAUAAUAGAGUUUCAUAUCAUUUUUUAAACUGUGAUGAAGGCAAGCAGUUUCAAUUUUCAUGACUUUUGUUGCAGAAUUUGUCUGUGUAACAUCCCCUUUCCCCACCCA